CAACGUUUUCUUAUUAAUACUGUACUUGAUGCUUGAUCGUCGCCUACAUACUACUAUCACCACAAGUCGUCCGCUCCAGCUUGAUGUAAUGAAACGGGGCCGUGGAAUGGAUAUCCACGAAGGCGCAUUUAUAGGAAUUAUCCAGAGUGUAAAAGAUGCAGUUGAAGGAGGACAACAUGCAAAUACGACAGAUAAGUAUGGAAUGACGGCUAUUCACAAGGCCGCUGCCAACGGUCACUUAGAGGUGCUGCAAUACUUAACAGAAUGCGGAGGCAACAUCCAUACCAAAGAUAAUACGGGAUUCACCGCUAUGCAUGUCGCCGCUAGUAACGGACAUAUCCAGACCGUGAAAUGGCUUGUUAAAAAUGGAGCGGAUAUCCAUGCUUGCUCUUACAAAGGGAAGACCCCAUAUGAGGCAGCCAAGCGGAACAAUCAGAUAGAAGUAUCCUCCUUCCUCAAAGAAAUUGGAAGAGAAAAGUGUACGUGGGAGGUGUAGUAGCAUCGAGUCAAAUUUUAAAUGAAAAAAUGAAAAUGUUACGAUCGAUAAUCAAAGUACGUUGUAAUUUAAAUAUAAUGUGGUUGGCUGUAGGCGGCAUAAAUCAGAGUUGUUCGAAAAACAUUUUGUAUGCUGCAUUUGCUCCAAAGUAUGUACCUUACACACACACUUGGCCGAUUGUUCUCCACGCUAUUCCAUUGAGGAAGAAACGCAACGAGACGCGCGCAACGGUCCGUUUUCAUGACAAACAGCUGAACCUGCAGACGUCGUCAAGUUCUCCACUCAUAGCUAUCGGAGAUGUGUUUGUCAGCCGACACUCGCACCAUCGUCGAAUGGCGUAGUGUGUUCCCGACAUCCAAUCAGACUUUGACUGUGGGGCGCCUUUAAUGAGUCGCCGCGCCCGACAUUCAUCGACGUAAUUCGAACAUUUCAUCAGAUUUUAUUUUACUUUACAACAUCAAGUUUGACUAAUCGCUCGUUACGUUGUGAUAUAUUCGAACUAAUGUUGUUGAUGAAGCCAAUACAAACGCAUUACAUUGAAGUAGCAAUCAUGUUUAAUCUUUUAGGCUGUGAAAGCCAAAUUUAAAUCGUCCAACCACUGAACUUUAAUGAAUUUUGCGGGGUGGAAAUUUCACAAUUAUCCAAUCAGAGCGUGUUAUUCAUUAGCCAGGACUAUUCGCAUUUCCCAUAAAUACGCUAGUUUACGCACAUCAGGUAUUUGGACAUAACUAAUCCCUGAGUUUAAGACCGAUGCCUGUCUCUUUCCACUCUGGAGUAAAUUGGGCUGGUAAAGACUUAAAUUUACAUGUAACUAUUAUUAUAAUGAUAAUUAUGACUAUAAUUAUUAUUAUUUUAUAGAAUACCAUUUUAUGUACAAUGUAUAUUUAAAUGAAUGAAAUAAAAGAAUGAAUAAUAGCGGGAGUCCUCGGCAUUGUGUGGUAGGUUUGCAAGUUCCUUUCAACUCCGCCUUCCCCGGUAUAUAUUAUCCAGGUACCGCUUUAUACUCCUGGUGGAGAAAAACAAACGUAGGAAGAGUGUCUUGUCCAAGGUCACAAGCAAAAUGCAGAGAGAGGAUACGAACCCCGACCUUGAGGGUAACAGACCAAACGCAACCACUGCACCAACCACAUAUUUAUAGAAUAGAAAUAAACUUGUUAUUAAUAAUAAUUAUAUUAUUGUAAAUGCACGGACGUUACUACUGUGUAGCGUACUUAUCAACGAUUUACUUACCAAAUCACAGACCUACAAAUAGCACGUUGAGUUAAACCGUCAACUUUAAACAUCGCACCAGAUAUGGUGUCGGUUACAUAGCCUACCUGGCUACCAUACUUGUCAUUUCCUCUUGUUUUGUUUCUACUAUACUGAAUUAUGCCGUAAUGAUAGGUCUAGCCUGUAUGAAUAGAGUUCAUAAAUAUAUAGUAAAUAUGCACAUAAGAGGACGACCCUGUCCCGGUUUAUUUGUCUCGAAAUUGACCAAGGAACAGAAAUAGCACACAUUAUGAUAUUUAAAUUGAAAUUCAAGAAACGAACACAUCUACGUAAGAGUUUUUAUUUCAUUCUUAAUUGCAAAAUAAAUUAAGUUAAGAAACA